AUGACAGAGAGUAGAAUAGGUAAAGUAGAAACAACAUUGGGAUUAAUUGAUCCUUCACAACUUGGUAUUACACAUAUGCAUGAACAUGUGAUAAUAAACUAUUUAGAUUUCUAUAAAGAACCAACACAAGAAGAGUUACAAUCUGCUUCAGUUUGUUGUGGUCAUACUACUACUACUACUACUGCUACAAGACAAUUACAUAAAGAAAAGAUAUCACUUGAUAAUGUACAUUGGGUUCAAUACAAUUAUGACAAGAAUCUUCACAACUUGGAACUAAAUGAAUUGGAUAUAGCCGCCAAAGAAUUACAACUAUUUAAACAAUGUGGAGGUCAAACCAUUGUUGAAGUUACGACUCAGGGUAUUGGUAGAGACCCAAUUCUAUUAAAAAAGAUUGCAUCCGAUACAAAUCUAAAUAUUAUUAUGGGUGCUGGUUAUUAUGUUGAUAAAACUAUUAGAAAUAUUGUAUUAGAUAUGGAAAUUAAAGAAAUGGAAGAAGAAAUAAUUAAACAAGUAUUGGUAGGAGUUGAUGGUAGUGGAAUUAAAUGUGGUAUUAUUGGAGAGGUUGGAUGUUCAUGGCCAUUGACAGAGAGCGAGAUUAAAUCAUUAAAAGCAUCUGCUGGAGCACAAAAGAAAACAGGUGUAUCCAUUUCAAUUCAUCCAGGUCGUUCAUUACAAGCUCCAUUGGAAAUAUUAAGAAUAUUAAAGGAAGCAGGAGCCGAUCUGUCACGUGUCAUUAUGGGUCAUAUCGAUAGAACCAUUCAUCAUUUUGAAAUGUUGGAAUCGAUAGCAAAGACUGGAUGUUGUCUAGAGUAUGAUCUAUUUGGUAUGGAAAUUAGUUAUUAUCCUUGGGGUGGUGAUGUAAUGGGUAUGCCAUCUGAUAAUCAAAGAAUUGAAUGGAUUUCUCGUCUAAUCAAUCAAGAAUGA